AUGAUGCUCGGGCUGGCGUGCCCGGGCAACGGCUUGUCCCUGCGAAUGAUUGUCACGAUUGAUGGCAGUCACCACCCCGGCGCCGACGGUUGCUGGAACCGUGUUGCCCACUCCAGUCACCACCCCGGCGCCGACGGUUGCUGGAACCGUGUUGCCCACUCCAGGUGACUCCCACGUGCAUGAUUGUCUGAGGGUGGUCUGGAAUGCUUGAUGAUAUUGUGUGUUGGUCGACUCGCUUGCUGCUAUGGCGUGGGUAGCGUGUUUUGGGCUGUCCGGGGUGCCUUGACGUACAGUACCCGAGCGAAACACGAUGUGAUCGAUGUUCUAGCAUCCGUUCCCUGUUCGUUUGGACUCGUCAUCUCCGAAAACUGAGCUUGAACGUGUCCCGCUCGUUGUUGUCGAUGAUGCUCGGGCUGGCGUGCCCGGGCAACGGCUUGUCCCUGCGAAUGAUUGUCACGAUUGAUGGCAGUCACCACCCCGGCGCCGACGGUUGCUGGAACCGUGUUGCCCACUCCAGGUGACUCCCACGUGCAUGAUUGUCUGAGGGUGGUCUGGAAUGCUUGAUGAUAUUGUGUGUUGGUCGACUCGCUUGCUGCUAUGGCGUGGGUAGCGUGUUUUGGGCUGUCCGGGGUGCCUUGACGUACAGUACCCGAGCGAAACACGAUGUGAUCGAUGUUCUAGCAUCCGUUCCCUGUUCGUUUGGACUCGUCAUCUCCGAAAACUGAGCUUGAACGUGUCCCGCUCGUUGUUGUCGAUGAUGCUCGGGCUGGCGUGCCCGGGCAACGGCUUGUCCCUGCGAAUGAUUGUCACGAUUGAUGGCAGUCACCACCCCGGCGCCGACGGUUGCUGGAACCGUGUUGCCCACUCCAGGUGACUCCCACGUGCAUGAUUGUCUGAGGGUGGUCUGGAAUGCUUGAUGAUAUUGUGUGUUGGUCGACUCGCUUGCUGCUAUGGCGUGGGUAGCGUGUUUUGGGCUGUCCGGGGUGCCUUGACGUACAGUACCCGAGCGAAACACGAUGUGAUCGAUGUUCUAGCAUCCGUUCCCUGUUCGUUUGGACUCGUCAUCUCCGAAAACUGAGCUUGAACGUGUCCCGCUCGUUGUUGUCGAUGAUGCUCGGGCUGGCGUGCCCGGGCAACGGCUUGUCCCUGCGAAUGAUUGUCACGAUUGAUGGCAGUCACCACCCCGGCGCCGACGGUUGCUGGAACCGUGUUGCCCACUCCAGGUGACUCCCACGUGCAUGAUUGUCUGAGGGUGGUCUGGAAUGCUUGAUGAUAUUGUGUGUUGGUCGACUCGCUUGCUGCUAUGGCGUGGGUAGCGUGUUUUGGGCUGUCCGGGGUGCCUUGACGUACAGUACCCGAGCGAAACACGAUGUGAUCGAUGUUCUAGCAUCCGUUCCCUGUUCGUUUGGACUCGUCAUCUCCGAAAACUGAGCUUGAACGUGUCCCGCUCGUUGUUGUCGAUGAUGCUCGGGCUGGCGUGCCCGGGCAACGGCUUGUCCCUGCGAAUGAUUGUCACGAUUGAUGGCAGUCACCACCCCGGCGCCGACGGUUGCUGGAACCGUGUUGCCCACUCCAGGUGACUCCCACGUGCAUGAUUGUCUGAGGGUGGUCUGGAAUGCUUGAUGAUAUUGUGUGUUGGUCGACUCGCUUGCUGCUAUGGCGUGGGUAGCGUGUUUUGGGCUGUCCGGGGUGCCUUGACGUACAGUACCCGAGCGAAACACGAUGUGAUCGAUGUUCUAGCAUCCGUUCCCUGUUCGUUUGGACUCGUCAUCUCCGAAAACUGAGCUUGAACGUGUCCCGCUCGUUGUUGUCGAUGAUGCUCGGGCUGGCGUGCCCGGGCAACGGCUUGUCCCUGCGAAUGAUUGUCACGAUUGAUGGCAGUCACCACCCCGGCGCCGACGGUUGCUGGAACCGUGUUGCCCACUCCAGGUGACUCCCACGUGCAUGAUUGUCUGAGGGUGGUCUGGAAUGCUUGAUGAUAUUGUGUGUUGGUCGACUCGCUUGCUGCUAUGGCGUGGGUAGCGUGUUUUGGGCUGUCCGGGGUGCCUUGACGUACAGUACCCGAGCGAAACACGAUGUGAUCGAUGUUCUAGCAUCCGUUCCCUGUUCGUUUGGACUCGUCAUCUCCGAAAACUGAGCUUGAACGUGUCCCGCUCGUUGUUGUCGAUGAUGCUCGGGCUGGCGUGCCCGGGCAACGGCUUGUCCCUGCGAAUGAUUGUCACGAUUGAUGGCAGUCACCACCCCGGCGCCGACGGUUGCUGGAACCGUGUUGCCCACUCCAGGUGACUCCCACGUGCAUGAUUGUCUGAGGGUGGUCUGGAAUGCUUGAUGAUAUUGUGUGUUGGUCGACUCGCUUGCUGCUAUGGCGUGGGUAGCGUGUUUUGGGCUGUCCGGGGUGCCUUGACGUACAGUACCCGAGCGAAACACGAUGUGAUCGAUGUUCUAGCAUCCGUUCCCUGUUCGUUUGGACUCGUCAUCUCCGAAAACUGAGCUUGAACGUGUCCCGCUCGUUGUUGUCGAUGAUGCUCGGGCUGGCGUGCCCGGGCAACGGCUUGUCCCUGCGAAUGAUUGUCACGAUUGAUGGCAGUCACCACCCCGGCGCCGACGGUUGCUGGAACCGUGUUGCCCACUCCAGGUGACUCCCACGUGCAUGAUUGUCUGAGGGUGGUCUGGAAUGCUUGAUGAUAUUGUGUGUUGGUCGACUCGCUUGCUGCUAUGGCGUGGGUAGCGUGUUUUGGGCUGUCCGGGGUGCCUUGACGUACAGUACCCGAGCGAAACACGAUGUGAUCGAUGUUCUAGCAUCCGUUCCCUGUUCGUUUGGACUCGUCAUCUCCGAAAACUGAGCUUGAACGUGUCCCGCUCGUUGUUGUCGAUGAUGCUCGGGCUGGCGUGCCCGGGCAACGGCUUGUCCCUGCGAAUGAUUGUCACGAUUGAUGGCAGUCACCACCCCGGCGCCGACGGUUGCUGGAACCGUGUUGCCCACUCCAGGUGACUCCCACGUGCAUGAUUGUCUGAGGGUGGUCUGGAAUGCUUGAUGAUAUUGUGUGUUGGUCGACUCGCUUGCUGCUAUGGCGUGGGUAGCGUGUUUUGGGCUGUCCGGGGUGCCUUGACGUACAGUACCCGAGCGAAACACGAUGUGAUCGAUGUUCUAGCAUCCGUUCCCUGUUCGUUUGGACUCGUCAUCUCCGAAAACUGAGCUUGAACGUGUCCCGCUCGUUGUUGUCGAUGAUGCUCGGGCUGGCGUGCCCGGGCAACGGCUUGUCCCUGCGAAUGAUUGUCACGAUUGAUGGCAGUCACCACCCCGGCGCCGACGGUUGCUGGAACCGUGUUGCCCACUCCAGGUGACUCCCACGUGCAUGAUUGUCUGAGGGUGGUCUGGAAUGCUUGAUGAUAUUGUGUGUUGGUCGACUCGCUUGCUGCUAUGGCGUGGGUAGCGUGUUUUGGGCUGUCCGGGGUGCCUUGACGUACAGUACCCGAGCGAAACACGAUGUGAUCGAUGUUCUAGCAUCCGUUCCCUGUUCGUUUGGACUCGUCAUCUCCGAAAACUGAGCUUGAACGUGUCCCGCUCGUUGUUGUCGAUGAUGCUCGGGCUGGCGUGCCCGGGCAACGGCUUGUCCCUGCGAAUGAUUGUCACGAUUGAUGGCAGUCACCACCCCGGCGCCGACGGUUGCUGGAACCGUGUUGCCCACUCCAGGUGACUCCCACGUGCAUGAUUGUCUGAGGGUGGUCUGGAAUGCUUGAUGAUAUUGUGUGUUGGUCGACUCGCUUGCUGCUAUGGCGUGGGUAGCGUGUUUUGGGCUGUCCGGGGUGCCUUGACGUACAGUACCCGAGCGAAACACGAUGUGAUCGAUGUUCUAGCAUCCGUUCCCUGUUCGUUUGGACUCGUCAUCUCCGAAAACUGAGCUUGAACGUGUCCCGCUCGUUGUUGUCGAUGAUGCUCGGGCUGGCGUGCCCGGGCAACGGCUUGUCCCUGCGAAUGAUUGUCACGAUUGAUGGCAGUCACCACCCCGGCGCCGACGGUUGCUGGAACCGUGUUGCCCACUCCAGGUGACUCCCACGUGCAUGAUUGUCUGAGGGUGGUCUGGAAUGCUUGAUGAUAUUGUGUGUUGGUCGACUCGCUUGCUGCUAUGGCGUGGGUAGCGUGUUUUGGGCUGUCCGGGGUGCCUUGACGUACAGUACCCGAGCGAAACACGAUGUGAUCGAUGUUCUAGCAUCCGUUCCCUGUUCGUUUGGACUCGUCAUCUCCGAAAACUGAGCUUGAACGUGUCCCGCUCGUUGUUGUCGAUGAUGCUCGGGCUGGCGUGCCCGGGCAACGGCUUGUCCCUGCGAAUGAUUGUCACGAUUGAUGGCAGUCACCACCCCGGCGCC